CGCAGACUCAAUUGAUGCUGCUGUGUACGGCUGGCGGCGGCUGUCCAAGCGGCGGCAUGUUUUGAGGUGGGCGUGGCUCUCAAGAGGAAUGGCAUCCAUGGAAGAGAUGAUAGAAGUGAAUCCUGACUGCAAUUUGACGGAGAAAACUUUGGAAGUCGAGAUGCAAAGGUGUGAGAAAGAAGUGCAGGAAGAGCCAUGGCAUGCCUAGUGGAGGACGUGCUCAAAGUUCCGGAUGUUUGGCAGACUUGCUUCCUGUGGCAAAUACAGGACAUCCAGGGAGAAGAUGAUUCGGCAGAGUCGUGGGAGGCAGAGGAAGCUGCUGAGAACUUCAGGUGCUUGCCAUCUCACUGGCAAACAAUCCUCAAUGGUAAGCUGGCGGAAUUCCACAGCUCCAUCCAGGAUGCUGAGGCAUUGUACCAAUCUCGGAAAGAUAGAUUUGGUGACAGUGACAUCAAAACCAAAAAUGCUUUCAAGAAACUGGAGUUGAUGCAGGGUGGGGAAGGUGCCAAGUCGGUGGUUCUGAUCAGCAAGGCCACGCUCAAGGAAGCAAGCCCAGGAGUUUACAACAAGUCCGUCAGCAAGAACAAGGGCGUCACCAAGGUUGCAUGUAGCAACAGGGUCCAGGCAUACGAGGUCAACAUCAAGAAUAUGACUUUGCAAGCGCUGGGUCAGACUGAGACUGCCGAGCCACCCCCCGCAAGGCAGCUUCGCAUUGUCAGUGUGAGGGGUCUUGCCCAAGACACGCAGGAGAUCCGGGUGCAUUUGAACUCCUUGAGCCUUUGCACUUCCCAUGUGAUGGAUGACGUUCCCAAGCCAAAGUCAGGUAAGAGCGAGACAACUGGGCAAUCGCAGGAAGGUGCUGCAGAGCCUGGCGCACAAGAGCCCUGCCCUGAAGGACACCAAGAUGGCAAGGAUGAGGUGGAGUACCAGUUAGCUUUGGCAAAGAAGGAUGAUGAUCAUGACGAAGCAGCAGAAGAGGCGCUGCACGCCAACAUGCCUCCAGCUAGGAAGCACGAGGAUGAGCAAAUGGAUGCCAAACGUGAGGAGCAGCUUGAAGAAUCCGCCGGUAGUGAGUCUGAGGCUGAAGAUGUGGUGGAAUGGGAACUGGAAGAAGGAUCCGAGUCUUUUGUGUGCAAGUCCGCCCAGUCAGCUUCCAGUGAAGAACCUGCUCACAUCGCCGUGGCAGCACCUGCUGGGUCAUUCAAGGGCCUGCCAUCCUUUGUCUUCCUACAACAAGUUGGGCUGACGGAUGUGCCCAACGUGCAGGGGGUGGGAAUCGGGGUCCACUUGACCAUUUCAUCAUGGCAGGUGAGAUAUCCGACAGAUCCUGGCGAGAAAUCUUCAGCUGCACGCUCAUGGGGCCACUUGCAGAAAAGAGGCUACAUCGGACCGUGCCAGGCGUUGCUUGAGUGUUUGCUGUGGUGUUGGCAAUGCCAUCUGAAGGCAAAUCCGGGCUGCAGUUUCACAGCAGGCAAAGUUCAAGUCCUGAAAGGAGCCUUAAUGGCCAAGCUUGGGCGAGAUGUGACCCACUAGAAUUCAAGAUCAAC